UUUUAUUGAAAGACUUCUAAGCAUUAAAUCGUAUGUGCGUGUUCUGUCGCUUAACUUGAAAAUACAUAAGUGAAAUAUUUCUUACUUACUUUUAACUGCUUGGCGUGUUCAGCAUAACGUUAAUAGAGUAUACACAUAUAUAUGCAUUGAAAGAAUAAAAAAAAAAAUAAAAAAUAAAAUAAUAAUAAUAAAGACAAAAAGACAACUAAUUAAAACGGCGUUAUGGAUACUUUAACACGUUCAUUGCAAUUCCAGUUACCACAAGAUGUACACAUCGAUAAUUAUGCGCAGAACACAUUGGAAAAUUCAUCGAAUUCUAUUUCGCAUAAUCAGCUUUCAAGCACGACAAUUCCUAAUCAGUCGGCUGCUAGUGAUUUCCUUCAUAAAUUAGGUGCCACACUUCUCAAUUCCAUACAAAUGCAGAAUUAUCAGAAACCUGUUAAUAGUUUAUCAUCAAAUUCAAAUCAAAUGAACGCGAACGUGAUACCAAAUCAUAUUGUGAUCGAUACAUCACCCGGUUAUAGUGCCAUGGAAGAGAUACAAAAGCAAUUGGAAUAUGAUAAAUUUAUGAAUGAGGUGUGGAUUGGUGUAGUGUUGACUUUGAUUUUUAUUUCUAUGAUAUUUUGCUUCUGCUCGUGCUUUUUAUAUCAUCAGUUUAGAAUAUGGAAAAGGAAUUGUAAGUAUUACCUGCUAAUAGGAUAAAUUUCUCUUUGUCAUAUAAAUCGCAUAACAUAGAUAACGAGAAAAAAAAAAAAAAAACAAAUUAAAUUUAACAAACAAAAUCACUGCAAUGGGUCACCGACACUUUGCAGAAUAAAAACUUUAUAUGGGCAGUGGUCGA